AUGGAGCCGAACAAAGAUGCAAAAAAACAGUCACAUAUCAAACCAGAUUUUUUAGAUUUGGAUCGAGAUUUGAUCGCGUGGGAAAGAUGGAUAGGUAUAAGGAAAGAAGAAAUAGAAUACCUAUCUUCUCGAACAUGCAGACCUGCUGUCGAUUUGGCUAUGAACUUGUUGGAGAAAGAACGUGAAGAUAUAGAAAGGAAAACCGUACUUGAGCAUGCACAGGUCGAUAAAAAACCAAAGAUAAGGGGAAACACAUCAUGGGACCCGCCAGAAAGGUUGCAUCAGUACUGUUAUUGCGAACCAGUGUAUGAAGUACAAAGAACUGCGGUUGAAAUGGGAUCCCCACCAGUAAUUGAACAUAUUGGAGUGCCGAAAUAUAUUCAAGUUACAGAAAAAGGCCUUUUUGGUACGCCAGCACGAAAACCCUGCACUCAACUUGAUGCUGAAUAUGUAAAAUAUAGAGAGAAACGAGAAACUGAACUGAGAAAGAAAAUAAAGAAAAUUGAUCCGUUUCGGUCCGACAUAAGUGAGCUUAUCGUCAAAGGGAAAAAGGCUAUUCAGCCGCCUGUUGUUAAGUUGCCUCCAUUACCUGUAAUCACAGUAGACAUGCCUGAAGCCGCCAAUGAAGUGAUGGAUAGUAUUUAUGCCAUCAAAAUUAACAAAACUAUCAUAUUCAAAGAUAUCCCAGGCCAAAAUUUAUCAUAUCUACAAAAGAUGCAACAAGAACCUUGGCAUGAGCGUUGUACAUCUUGGACGUAUUAUUUCAAUGUUCCCAUAAAAAGGGCUGGAAGAAGCAAGUUGUUUUUAAAGAAUCUAGGUACAACAACACUACGGUAUUGUUGGAAAAGGAUAAGAAAGCCAAUUCCAUUUAUACCAGAAGAUUUCUAUGUUCAAGUAUUUUUCUUCUGUAAAAAUGAAGAUGUAUUACCCCCUGGACAGAGUAAGGAAUUGUAUUUCACAUUUAUUUCUGACCAACCCGGCAUAUACAGUGAGUUUUGGGAGCUUAGUUUUUGCAAUAUUUGCUUUUUCGAUACUUUAGCUGAUAAAUUGGUUCUAAAUUUAUACGCUGAUUCGGUAGAAAACGUAGAAAAGUGUUUGAAGAAAACAGAAGGACUUCAAUCUAAAAUAAACAGAAAUGCAAUAUAUAAUCACAUGAAAACAUUACUUGAAGUUGUUGUGUUAAUAGCUACUGAUAUUGAACCUCAAAUAUACCCUUACAAGAAACUGUUUUUAGAGGCGGAAAUGUUCCAAAUGAAGAAUCCAGUUUGUUACUAUCAUCAAACAGAAGUGCAAAAGAUGAAAGAUCUGUAUCUAGAGAUGAAGCCGGGAGAACAUUGGGACUUGUCGAUAGUAAAAUGGAGAGAAGUAUUAUUGACAAAAGAGUACGAUGACAGGAUGAAGUAUUAUGAAUUACUUCGAAAAUCUCACUCGGAUUUGUUAAAACCAUGGCUUGAAGGUGACGGUCUUUUGAAACAGAAGCACCAAGCUGUUAAUUGGUUGCUCGGCCAAUUAGCAGAUAAAUUUAAAAGUGUGCAUAAGUAUAUUUAUGAUUCUCUGUAUCAAAGACGAGAGUCACUAGUAAGUGCAGGCUGCAGCUCGAAGAGUUCUCAAAGAGUUUCUGAAGUAAUCGAUCCCAAUACGAAAGAAUUAGCAAACAUAUUGUUCUAUGUACACAUGCAACAACAUAUUGCACUUGCAAUAGAAGAAAUAGCUGGUGUUUUGAGUAGUCUAGAUUUGAAUAGGUGGAUAGAAUUUGACUUCUGUCGAAUGUAA